UCAGUAGUUUGUUCUAUGUCCUUACUAGCUCCAUAUCAGUCCUUAUUCCAUGAAAAUGGGUGAAGCCCCAGUCCGGGGCAGCCCGGUUUUACCCCGCCAUUUCCCGUGCCCGAGCCCCUCCAGAGCCCGGUUUUACCAUAGAUUGUAUUACUAAGUAACAUUGCAUGAGUAACAUGAUUGCUCCAACUUCAGUACUGCCGGAAAAAGCCAAAAAUGAGAAGUACUUGACUGCUUUAUUUUUCUUGUUGUCAGGAAGCAAGUAUGAAGUAUAAAAUAAGUCAUACAAGCAAGUAUAAAAUCAGUAUAAAAAUAAUAAAUCCACAAUAUUGUGGUGCGUGGGCGUGUUUAUAGAGAUUAACAUUCUUUGCCCACGCAAAUCAAAACAUUGAAAACAUGAGUUGACAUUAGGCAUGGCACCAGACUCUUAUUCGGUAAAUUAGAGUCUGGCCAGCAAGACUACCAAUCUGGCUGGGCUGGGCUUGGGUGACUUAUUUGCAGAGGACUGAAGCUUCUUUAGAGGACUUAAGAAUCUGAGCCACGAUUCCAAAAAGCUCCUGAAGUAAAUUUUGCAAUGUCUGUGCUCCUGAGAAUAUUGAUUGCAGUGACUUUCAGCAGCUGUGUCAUUAAGCAAGCCCUGGGUGAUUGUGACCUUGGAGCACUUCAGCUUGUCAAUGGCAGUUCAAUUUUUGAAGGGCGUGUGGAGAUAUGCUAUAAUAACACUUGGGGAACAAUUUGUGAUGAUAACUGGAGUGAUGCUAAUGCUCAGGUUGUAUGUAGACAGCUUGGAUUCUCUACUAUAGGUGCCUACUACCACAGUAAUGCAUAUUAUGGACAAGGGAAUGGGUCUAUAAUACUUGAUAAUGUUCACUGUGAUGGAACUGAAGCUUCAUUGAUACAGCAGUGCAGUCAUUCAAAUCCUUUAUCACACAACUGUGGACAUCAUGAAGACAUUGGAGUAGUCUGUCCCAGCACACAUAACUGUACUCAUGGCUCAAUACGUCUGGUUGAUGGUUCUUACAUUGGAGUUGGACGUUUAGAGAUAUGUAUUGAUAAUGAAUGGGGCACUGUCUGUGAUAAUGGCUGGACUAAUCUUAAUGCUCAGGUUGUCUGCAAACAACUGGGACAGAACCGUUUAACUCGUUACCAGGGAGGUAUAUUUUUUGUUAAU